AUGGACCAUUCACAAGACCACUUCACGUUCACCGUUGGAAAGCUUGAUGCUGGCAUGGCGAUCCUUCUUGGGGAACGGGCUCAUUUAAUCGAGUUUCCCUCGGUCCUACUCCCUCCGGGAGCCACAACUGGAUCCAUUGUUAAUAUCGCGGUCCACCAGAACCACGCAGAGGAGAAAAGGCGGGAUUCAGAAUUUUGGGCGCUGCAAGACCUCAUUCUACAGGAGUUUGGGGUGCGGUCGCCUAAUCCACCGGUGCUUCAACUUCGACAUGCGACCCAAACCUCCAUCACUCUUGAAUGGCCCUCUCUCGAGCUUGCCACGGCCAAACUACGUUCUCUCGACAUUUACCGCAAUGGCCAGCGCCUAGCGCCAAUACCGUCCCCACUCACCAAUACCUCCACAAAACUAUCCGGCCUGGAGCUUAACACAGAAUACACCUUCCAGCUCAUCCUUCGCACGACUGCUGGGACUUUCCCUUCCAACGUCGUUCGCGUCAGAACUCAUACUAUGACCGAUACAUCUGGAAUAUCAGUGUGUUUCGGGACUAUGAAAGACGAGGUCAUGCUAGAAAAUGCGAAGAUGGCAUUGAGGGAGAUGAAGGCCAAAUGGAGCGACAAAAUUUCAAUUGACACGACUCAUUUCGUUUGCGCGCAACCGGGAGAUAUCCAGUCACCUGGGGUGCCCACCGCCGAGUACCAGCAAGCGAUGCAACUCAGCAUUCCCGUCGUCCAAGCCCAUUGGAUAUUUGCCUGUCACACGCAAAGGAAAUUAGUGUCUAUUGCGCAGUACGGCCUUGGUGCGACACCACCUACGCCUGCUCCCCGUCCACAAUCCAUGUCACAAGCCUCCCUUCCUCGUUCCCCUACCAGUCCUCGUCCUCGAGCCGAUGUCCGGCAAUCGAUGCCUCCUCUUGCCCGAGACCAUGAAGGGAGACGCGAAGCAUCCGCAUUCGUUAACCAGCCACCACCAGCUAUCUCAGAAACACCGCCUCCGCCAGUCGUUCCAGCACCCACAGAGCCGGAUUCCGAUUCCGAUACAGAAGACGUCGCUGUUGUUGCGCCGACCAGCAAGCUGGACAAGCGGAUGAGCCAUGGGCGGUCGGGCACGAUGAAUCGGGAGUUUAAGUUUCCGCCAGACACGCCGACAACGUCGAGCAUGACGCCCGAGGUGCCGCCACCGCCGCCGGUAGGGAAGGAGGGUAGUAAAACGUCGUUGCAGAGCUCUGGAGCCGGAGUCAGAAGUGCGAGCGAAGACGAGCUCGGGGAUACGGAGGAGAUUUCAUUGAACUGA